AUGAAUAUCGGUGACGACACAACGACUAAUCACAUCGCCGAGAGAUGGGCAAGUUUAUCUUUGGAUAAGACUACAAACCCCUUUUUCUUAGUCGGGGAAAUCAAAAGACUCAUCCAGGAAUCAAUCGACGAAGGAUUUAUUGAGAAGAAGGACGACGCUCGUGUCUACAUCAAAAGAAUUAUCAAACCAGGUGAGACAAUUAGACCAGAAAUAUGCGUGGAAUGUUUCGUCGACGAUAUCCUAAAUAGAAUCCUAGCAUACGCAGAGUUUUGUAUAUCUGCAAAUGAGGUUACUUGGCGCAAAGGACCGAACGCCAAUAAGCCGAAAAAGCAAGUGACGUGCUUCACUUGCCAUGAGGUUGGACAUUUUGCAAACAAGUGCUAUAAGAAUAAAACCAGAGAUCUAAAGGGUAGAAGAGCCCCAAGGAAGCACCCAAGGCAAAUUGUUGAUAGAAAAGGCUAUAAAGAAGUUUAUUGA